AUCUGCUGACCACCAGUGUGUCAAGACAAGGAGUCAAGACCCAAUGCUGAUCUAUUUUACCAGUGGAACUACAGGCUUCCCAAAAAUGGUGCUGCACUCCCACAGCAGUUACGGCAUUGGAUUUGCAGUCAGUGGCAGGUAUUGGUUGAACUUGACUCCUUCAGAUAUAUUGUGGAAUACCUCUGAUACUGGCUGGGUAAAAGCAGCUUGGAGCAGUGUUUUUUCACCAUGGAUCUGUGGAUCUUGUGUCUUUGUACACAAUAUGCCACAGUUUAAACCAGAAGUUAUUGCAGAGACUCUGUCAAGAUAUCCCAUCACCACCUUCUGCACAGCUCCCACUGCCUUCCUCAUGCUGGUCAAACAUGAUGUGAGCAGCUACAAGUUCCCAAGUCUGAAGCACUGUGUAACUGGAGGGGAAGCACUCAAUCCUGAAGUGUUGGCAAAGUGGAAAAUCCAGACAGGGGUGGAUAUCCAUGAAGGUUAUGGCCAGACUGAAACAGUGACAAUCUGUGCCAAUCUGAAAGGAAUGAAAAUUAAACCUGGCUCUUUGGGAAAACCUGUUCCUCCUUAUGAUGUGCAGAUCGUAGAUGACCAUGGGGCUGUUGUGCCUAAAGGAGAAGAGGGCACCAUUGCCAUCCGAGUGAAACCCACACGACCCUUCUGCCUGUUCUCUGAGUACUUGGAUAAUCCAGAGAAAACUGCUGCCUCUGUGCAAGGAGAUUUUUAUGUCACCGGGGACAGAGGCGUUAUGGAUGAAGAGGGAUAUAUCUCGUUUGUUGGAAGAGCUGAUGAUAUCAUUAACUCUGCUGGGUACCGCAUUGGCCCCUUUGAGGUGGAGAGUGCAUUGAUAGAGCACCCAGCAGUCGCAGAGGUGGCUGUUGUCAGCAGUCCCGACCCAGAGCGAGGGGAGGUGGUCAAAGCCUUCAUUGUUUUAGCUCCUGCUUUUGCGUCACAUGAUCAAAAAAAAUUAAUUCAUGACCUUCAACAACAUGUCAAGAAGGUGACUGCACCAUACAAGUAUCCAAGGAAGGUGGAGUUUGUUCAGGAUCUGCCAAAGACAGCUACUGGGAAAAUCCAGAGAAAGGUUCUAAAGAACAAAGAGUGGGGAAAGGUAUAAAAAGAGCAAGAGUGAUCUGGAAAACAAGGAAACUCUCCAUCGUGUGUACCAGCCAUAACACAAGACACAGAGCAGGUUGUCAUGACCCACAGCAGAACAAGAACAUCAGGAAAAACAAACUGUAGAAGAAAAAGGAGAAAACAUUCUUGAGGAUGUGUGGUAUUGGAACCGCUUUGGCCAUCAACCUACAAAUUUUCGAAGGAAGGAAGUACAAGUGAUUCAAAGUGUGGGAUGGGACAAAGACUCAGGUGCAUACAGAGAUCUAAUUUUUUUUACCACAAUUUGUAUAAACAUCUUCCUUAAAAAAAUGGGUGAAACUACAAGGCUUUGAAAAUUACAAAUAAAUGAGAAAUUAAUAUGAA